AGUGAUGUAAAAAUGUUUUUGAUUUCAGCUAAACUAACUGUAAUAGUAGGACCUGUAGGUAGUGGUAAAUCAUCAUUAUUAGCUGCUAUGUUAGGUGAAAUGGUGAGAGUUUCUGGUAAUAUAGACUGGGCCAGAAAUAAACCAAGUACUAACAAUCCUAACCACAAAACAAAAUCUGAAAUCCAAAACAACAUUUUGGCGAAAGAUUGUAAUAUAUCAUAUUGUGCUCAAACAGCUUGGUUAUUACAUGCUACAGUUAGAGAUAAUAUAACAUUUGGUCAACCUUUUAUAUGGAGAAGAUAUCGUAAAGUGAUACAGGCCUGUAAUUUACAACCAGAUUUAGAUUCAUUUCCUGCUGGCGAUUUAACUGAAGUAGGGGAAAAGGGUAUUACUCUAUCUGGUGGACAGAAACAAAGAAUAAGUCUAGCUAGAGCUGUAUAUUCUGAAACAGAUGUAGUCAUAUUGGAUAGUCCUCUAUCUGAUUUAGAUGCUCAUGUAUCCAGACACGUAUUUGAAGAAGCCAUACUGAACAGGUUAUUAAAACGUAAAAGAACAGUUAUUUUAGUGACCCAUCAUUUACAAUAUCUCAGCUAUGCUAAUCAGGUUAUAGUGAUGAAAGAAGGAAAGAUAACAUUACAAAGUAAAGUUAGUGAAGUUAAGAAAAUUGAUCCAGAAUUAUAUGAAUCUUGGAGGAAAGCUAUUAAAGAAGCUAAAAAUUUAUUAGCACCUACCAUCAGUAGACAAGUUUCUCAGAUGUCUGUUAUGACAGAAGCCACAAAUGAAGAUGGUGAAGCUUCUGAUGAAGAAAAUAGUGAAAAAGACAAAAUGGAAGAAGUAAAAGGAACAUUAGUUAAAAAAGAACACAAAGAAACGGGAGCAGUCAAACUUAGUGCUUAUAUAAAGUAUAUGAAAGCCUGCACCAUAGUACUGUGUCUAAUAGUAAUAGUAUUAACUGUAUCAUACCAUAGUGUAUUAGUAGGUUCUAACUUCUGGCUAGGAAUCUGGUCUAGCGCCGGGGAGAAACAUCAGAUGCGUGUCACAGCAACAGCUGGUACCAAUGUUACUAUAAAGGUGUGUACUCAUUUUGAUAACUCUCCUUAUGUAAGAGUAUAUGCAGCUCUAUCUAUGGGGGCAUUAUGUAUAGCAUUAGUUACAACAUUAGUCUUACAUUACGCUGGUCUGUUUGGAGCUAGGGUGUUAUUUAAUGGAAUGUUAAAAAAUGUUGUACAAGCACCUGUUCGGUUUUUUGAUACCAAUCCCAGUGGUAGAAUAUUAAAUAGAUUUUCUGGUGAUAUAACUAACAUAGAUCAGAAAUUAGCAGCUAAUAUAGAGGGAGUAUUAAGAACGUUAUUUUAUACAUUAUCAGCUAUAGUAGUUAAUUCUAUAACUACACCAUAUUUCUUACUAGCAGCCAUUCCAUUAAUCAUCUUAUAUUAUUGUUUACAACGCUUCUUUAGAAGUACUGCCAGAGAGUUACAGAGAUUAGACAGUGUAACCAAAUCACCAAUAUUUGCUCACUUUUCUGAAACACUGACAGGUCUACAAACUAUAAGGGCAUACAAAGCACAGAGUGAGUUUCGUAGAAGAGCAAUGAAUAUUAUGGAUAGAAAUAUCACACCCUUUUUAUUUCUUCAAACAACUAAUAGAUGGCUGGGUAUUAGAUUAGACUAUAUGGGUUGUUUAUUAGUAUUUGUAUCAGCUAUAAGUAGUUUGACGUCUGGUAUCAAAGGGCAGAUAAAUCCUGCUUUUAUUGGUUUGUCCAUCACUUAUUCACUCAUGAUGUCAGGACUGUUAAAUUGGAUUGUAAGAACCUCAGCUGAAGUAGAAAUGGCUAUGAAUGCUGUAGAGAGAGUUUUAGAAUACACAAAUAUCCCCACUGAAAACACCAAUAAUGAAGGGGAAGAAGAAGAAAUAGAUAAGAAAUGGCCAGAGAAAGGUUGUGUUGAAUUUAAAGAUAUCAGUUUAAAAUAUGAUAGCACAUUAGAAACAGUUGUACAAAAUAUAGAUCUCCUUAUUCAACCAGCUGAAAAGGCAAGCAAUAUUCAAUUUUCAUCAACUGGUUAUAUGAAUUUAAUACAACUCACUACCAAUUUUAUUUUAAUUGGUAUUUGUGGUCGUACUGGCAGUGGGAAGUCCUCGUUAACAUUAGCCUUAUUCCGUACAUUAGAUAUAACAGCUGGUCAGUUAUUAAUAGAUAAUCAUGAUGUUCGAAACAUACCAUUACCUAUACUUAGAUCUCGUAUCUCUAUUAUUUCACAAGAUCCUGUAUUAUUCAAUGGUACAGUUAGGUUUAACUUAGAUCCUUCUAGUACAAUUGAAGAAGAUAAACUAUGGUCAGCUUUAGAAGUUGUACAGUUAAAAGAUUAUAUUUCUAAUUUACCACAAAAAUUAGAUGCUGAAAUAUCUGAAAGUGGUGAUAAUCUUAGUGCUGGACAGAAAAAGUUAUUAUGUUUAGCGAGGGCGUUUCUACGUGAUUCUAGGAUUAUUAUAUUAGAUGAAGCUACUGCCUCUAUAGAUUUAGAAACAGAGAAAAAAUUACAAGAUAUUAUCAUGGAUCAUUCUUUUAAAGAUAAAACAGUUAUAACUAUUGCUCAUCGAUUGUCAACUAUCACUAAAUAUGACAGAAUAGUUGUCAUGGAAACAGGUCAAAUAAUAGAAUGUGAUACACCACAGAAUCUACUAGAUGAUCCUGAUAGUAACUUCUCUAGAUUAGUCAGGGAAACAGAAAAAUAG